AUGCCACUGAAGGAAGCCCCUAAAAAAUGGAAACCUCCCAAAGGACCAAAACCAAUACAACGUAAGAAUAAAAACGCUAUAGGAUUGGGAAGAGCUCUGAAAUAUGCACGUCAAAAGGAAAAUGCUGUUGAGUUCUUGCCUGACGGUGAAAUGAGAUUUAUUACGGAGAAACAUGAAGCAGAUUGGGUAAAGCUGAGGUCUGUAACUCAGGAAUCGGCUUUAGAAGAGUUCUUGGGUACAGCAGAGUUAGCCGACAAAGAUUUUGCUGCGGAUCGUCAUGCUAAUGUCAAGAUUAUUCGUAUGGACAGUGGUGAUGAUUCUGCAGUUACACAAGGAUUCAGUUUGACUAACGAACAACGUGAAAACAUAAAUCUGAAGCAGAGGGAGCAUGCUCGUGAAUUGAUCGUUCCAAGAAGACCUGCGUGGGACAAAACCAUGACGAGAUUUCAAUUGGACAGGCAAGAGAAAGAAGCUUUUUUGAACUGGAGGCGUAAAUUGGCGAUGUUGCAAGAGUCUAAUGAAGAUCUGCUGCUUACUCCAUUCGAAAGAAACAUUGAAGUUUGGAGACAAUUAUGGAGAGUCGUCGAAAGAUCAGAUUUGGUGGUACAAAUUGUCGAUGCCAGGGAUCCAUUACUGUUCAGAUCUGUCGAUUUGGAAAGGUAUGUCAAAGAAAUCGAUGAGCGUAAGCAAAAUUUACUUUUGGUUAAUAAAGCAGAUCUUCUCACUUUGAAACAAAGGGUUGCGUGGGCUAAAUAUUUCAAAUCCAAAAAUGUUGCAUUUUCAUUCUACUCAGCUUUAAAAGCGAAUGAGACUUUGCAGAAGCAAGAAGAACUUGGUGAAGAUUACGUUCAAGAGGAGAUGAAGGAAGAGUUAGAGGACGGAGAAGUGGAAGACGAAAGCAUUUUAGAAAGUGUUAAAAUAUUGACACUCGACCAGUUAGAGGAGCUGUUUUUGGCCAGAGCUCCUGCAGUUCCAUUGACAGUCCCACUUCCUGGACAACAGCCCGUGACCCAAAUUGGAUUAGUAGGUUAUCCCAAUGUUGGUAAAUCUUCUACUAUCAAUUCUCUUGUUGGUGCAAAAAAAGUCUCAGUUUCGAGCACCCCCGGUAAGACUAAACACUUUCAAACCAUAAAUUUAUCAGAUUCUGUUAUUUUAUGUGAUUGUCCAGGUUUGGUUUUCCCUAAUUUCGCUUAUAACAAAGGUGAAUUGGUAUGCAAUGGUGUUUUACCUAUAGAUCAGCUUCGUGAUUACAUUGGACCCUGUACUUUAGUUGCUGAAAGAAUUCCUAAGUUUUAUAUCGAGGCAAUCUACGGUAUUCAUAUACAAAUGAAGUCACCUGAAGAGGGCGGACAUGGUGAACACCCGACAGCCCAAGAACUGUUAGUUGCUUAUGCUAGAGCUCGUGGUUAUAUGACACAAGGCUUUGGUUCUGCAGACGAAUCUCGUGCAAGUCGUUAUAUAUUAAAGGAUUAUGUCAACGGUAAGUUGCUAUACAUCAAUCCUCCACCUAAACUGGACGAUGAUACACCUUACACAAGAGAAGAAAGUGCGGAAUUCAACAAAGAUAUUUAUGCCUUCGAAAGACUACCAGAAACUAGACAAAUACAAUUAUUAGAGGCUGCCAAAUCUAAAGCAAUUGUUGAUUUCGAUCUGGCGAGAGAUUUAAACAAACUUACCUUUUCUGCUCAUACAGGUGCUGAAAAUGGCAGCGAAGCUUCAGGUGUCACACACGGUGGUAAACAAGCAGCCCUGCAUAAUGCAUCAAGCAGCCUGGACAGGGAUUUUUUUCAAAUGAAUAGUAUUACGGGUAAAUUGACAUCACCAUUCCACAAGAAUGCUGUAGUUGGUAAUAACGGCAAGAAACAUAAUAAAAAAAACAAGAAAGAUAAAAAGAGGGCUGAAAUGCGCCCUGAGUGGUGA